GAGAACUGCUCCCAGGGCAAGUACCCGCGUUGAUGCUGGCACUGGGAACGGGGCGGAUGAUAAAGUGGGAGGCAGUCUGCCCAGUGGCAACUGACCUGAUUUCAUGAUUUCCCCAGGUCCAUCCGAUUCCCGCCAACGUGCUCAGACUUGAGCAGUAGGAGUCGGCUGGGAGAAGGAUGGGGGAAAGGAACCGAAAACAGUUAAGGGAGCUUCUGCAAGCUUCCACCUCCCACACUAAAAGAGUCGGACAGCAGAAGACUGCAGCGGAACCUUCUCUGCUGGGGGAGGAAAGUGCUGACUUUAACCAGUUUCUGCGGCCUCGCCUUCCUCUUCUUUCCUUUCUCCCUCUCAUUCAUUCACUGACGCCGCAGCGCUGAUCAGCCCCGGCACAGAAGCGGCCUCCAAGGGACUAAAGGGAAUAACCGCAGCUCUGAGACCCGUGACAAACACCCAUCGUUGGGUGGGGCUCUAAUAAAGUCCGUUCGUGCCAAUAUUUUAUAAGCGACGUUUUCAAACAAUGUGAAGAUCCUUUUUUUUUUUUUUUUUUUUUUGAUAGAGUCUCCAACUGUCGCCCGGGCUGGAGUGUAAAGGUGCGAUCUCGGCUCACUACAACCUCCGCCUCCCGGGUUCAAGUGAUUCUCCUGCCUCAGCCUCCUGAGUAGCUGGGGACUACAGGCGCCCACCACUACACCCGGCUAAUUUUUUGUAGUUUUAGUAGAGUCGGGGUUUCACUAUGUUGGCCAGGCUGGUCUCGAAUUCCUGACCUCGUGAUCCACCUGCCUCGGCCUGCGAAAGUGCUGGGAUUACAGGCAUCAGCCACCGCGCCCGACCGAUGAUCUGAUCCAUUUUAAGAUUUAUUCCUCUACGAUGGAGAAGUAUGAAAAAAUUGGGAAAAUUGGAGAAGGAUCCUAUGGAGUUGUUUUCAAGUGUAGAAACAGGGACACGGGUCAGAUUGUUGCCAUCAAGAGGUUUCUGGAAUCAGAAGAUGACCCUGUCAUAAAGAAAAUCGCCCUUCGGGAAAUCCGCAUGCUCAAGCAACUCAAGCAUCCCAACCUUGUCAACCUCCUGGAAGUCUUCAGGAGGAAACGGAGGCUUCACCUCGUGUUUGAAUAUUGUGACCACACAGUUCUCCAUGAGUUGGACAGAUACCAAAGAGGGGUACCAGAACAUCUCGUGAAGAGCAUAACUUGGCAGACCUUGCAAGCUGUAAAUUUUUGCCAUAAACACAAUUGCAUACAUAGAGAUGUGAAGCCAGAAAAUAUCCUCAUCACAAAACAUUCCGUGAUUAAGCUUUGCGACUUCGGAUUUGCUCGGCUUUUGACUGGACCGAGUGACUAUUAUACAGACUACGUGGCUACCCGGUGGUACCGCUCCCCUGAGCUGCUGGUCGGGGACACGCAGUACGGUCCCCCAGUGGAUGUUUGGGCAAUUGGCUGUGUCUUUGCUGAGCUGCUGUCUGGAGUGCCUCUGUGGCCAGGAAAGUCAGAUGUGGAUCAGCUCUAUCUGAUUAGGAAAACCUUGGGGGAUCUCAUUCCUAGGCACCAGCAAGUGUUUAGCACGAAUCAGUACUUCAGUGGAGUGAAAAUUCCAGACCCUGAAGAUAUGGUGAGUAACCCAUUUUGGAGAGGGCUCUGUAGGCCAGCAUGUGCACAAUCCAGAAUUGGUUAUCGGGAGCUGGUUCCCUGUCCAAAAUACUACUGUACUAUGAAAGUUGGCCACAGCACCAGAAGAAGAAGGAAUUUUCUGUUCUUUCAGGGCUGUCUCCACAUGGACCCUAGUGAGAGACUGACAUGUGAACAGCUGUUGCACCACCCAUAUUUUGAAAACAUCAGAGAAAUAGAGGAUUUGGCAAAAGAACAUGACAAACCAACAAGGAAGACCCUAAGAAAGAGCCGAAAGCACCACUGCUUUACAGAAACAUCCAAGUUGCAGUAUUUACCCCAGCUAACUGGCAGCAGCAUCCUUCCAGCUUUGGAUAAUAAGAAGUACUACUGUAAUACCAAGAAACUUAACUACCAUUUUCCAAACAUUUAAAGGUGCUAGGAGACAUGAUUUUAAAAAAGGAAUCGAUAGAUUCUUUGAAGAAAAUAAAACGUAUACAGUUGAUUGAAAACAAUUACAAUGUUGAAAACAUACCAAGAGAAAACAUAAGCAAGAAAUUGGGAGGCCACUUGGCACAAUACGAAGGGAAAUUCCAGAUCCAGUCUUCCAUGCUUGAUAAUGGUGUACAGAAAAGUGUUUGGAGUUUCACCUGUAUUUCAAUUUAUGUAAGCAGCCGAGUUUAUGAACAGCAUAUGAACUGUCCCAUACCUCUGGCAAAACCAGAUGAUGUCAAAAAGAUUUAUGUUUCACUUGUACCAAAUGCCACACAAGAAGAAUGGACUACAAAAUACCUAUACAUAUUUCCUCCGAUCUCUGUUGCCUUGACUCCUAUCUCUUGCCUCUCAGAUUGUUUCAGCAUAUUUAAGGCUAGUUCUAUUUCUUGAAAUCAAAAUGUUUAAAAUCCCAUUUCCUGCUUGCUCUAUUGCUUGAUUUUUAUAUCUUAAAACAUUUUGUGGGUAACACUUAGAUUCAAAAUAUUUAAAAACAUAUGAGUUAUCACAAAGACUUGGUAAUUUCUAUAUUUAAUUAUAUGUUUAUACAUUUCAUUCUUAUAAGGAUGUACCUUAGUCACUUUUGCAGGCAA